AUGCACACCACCCCCGAGCACCUUGCACGAGGCACCAGCCGUGUCGUCCGAGGUCUGAGAGCCAAUGAUGGGAAAUCCUCUGUAUGGGGGAAGCUGCGCGCUUUUACUGAACUGCAGGCCAAAGUUAUCGACACGCAGCAAAAGGUGAAGCUGGCAGAUAUACAAAUUGAACAACUCAACAGGACAAAAAAGCACGCACACCUCACGGAUGCGGAGAUUAUGACUCUGGUGGAUGAGACUCGCAUGUAUGAAGGUGUAGGGAGAAUGUUUAUUCUUCAGUCCAAGGGAGUUAUUCACAACCAACUCCUAGAAAAGCAGAAAAUAGCAGAAGAGAAAAUUAAAGAACUUGAGCAGAGGAAAUCGUACCUGGAGCGGAGUGUAAAAGACGCUGAAGAUAACAUCCGAGAAAUGUUGAUGGCCCGAAGAGCACAGUAGGGGCGCGGCUCCCCCGGAGCCUCAGCUGAGUCGGUCCAUUUCACCGGUGCCUGUCCGGAUUAGCGAGAACCGGGAUGGUUUUGAGAAGUGAUGUUUGCUGCCACCUUCUGGUGGGAGGAGUUUGUGGGUGAAUGCAUUGGAUGUCUGCAUGUGGAUGUUGUAAUAAACGCUCCUUCCUGUGUUACUCAG